UCUGUUUAUAGUCGUAAGAAAUUGUUUUUAGCGGACAAUUUCAUUUAAUUUUAUACAAAAACCUAAAAAUUAUUAAACAAAUUAAUAGAAAUCAAAAUGAAGUGGACAACUGCGAAUGUAAAAAAUCCCAUUUAUGUAGAAAAUCAUGAAAUUUAUGUGGGCACACAAACGGGUUCCUUUAAAAAACUAACGCCUGCCUACCAGGAGAAUCCCUUUCAACAAAAAAAUCUACAAAAUUUAACAGAAUUAACUAAAGAGUCACGCAUUAGCGCUUUGGCAUUUGCCAAUGAAAAUAAAUCGGAAAUUUUAAUAGGUCGCCAUCAGAAGACCGUACAAGUGCAUUCGGUGCGCACAGAACAACAAGAAUAUACUUUGGAUUUUGAACAUGCUCCCGUCGUAGGUUUGGCACGUUUUGAUAACAGUGUAGUUGCCGGUUUUGGCAAUGGCCAGCUGCAGUGUUUGGCUGUUAAUGAAGAGGGUGUAGAUACAACCGUACAUGGUUUCUCGCUAGACAAAGUGGGCGAUGAUAUGGCUCACUUGAGACAAUGUCCGGUGGAACGUAAUUUAGUGGCUAUUGGCGGUAAGGGUAGACAAAAUAACCUUAAAGUCUUGGAUAUGGCGGCCGAGGGUAAACAAGUGUUUUCUUCGAAAAAUUUACCCAACGACUUUUUGCAACUUGAGGUGCCGGUAUGGGAUAGUGAUGUUGGUUUUAUUGACUCACCUCAUGUCUUGGCUACAUGUUCGCGUCAUGGUUAUGUGCGUGUUUAUGAUACACGUAAGCAGAGAAGACCGGUUCAAUUGUAUGCUACGGAAGAUCAAAUGAGUUUUACUUCCUUGGCGGCUAAUGGAAAUUAUAUUUAUACCGGUACUACAAUGGGAGCCAUGAAGGCCUUUGACAUACGCCGCAUGAAGAAUUUCGUUCACACCUACAAAGGUUUUACUGGUGGCAUUAGUGAUGUCUAUGUAGAUAACUCUGGCAAAUACUUAGCCACUGCCUGUUUGGAUCGUUAUGUACGCGUACACAACACCGAUUCUUGUGUACUCCUGUACCAGAGUUACGUCAAAUCCAAAGCCACACGUGUUCUAUUGCGUGAAUCUUUGGAAAAUCCCAAUGCAAAUGAAGAUGAUAAAGAAGCCGAAGGUGACGAAGAAGAGCUUCCAACAAAAUCCAAACAAAAGAAAAAUAAAAACUCCAAAGAUGACGAAUCGGAAGAUGAGGAAUAUGAGGAUAUGUUUGAGAAUAUGCAAACGAUAGUUGACACUGAAAAGGAUGAGGAGGAUGAAGAGCAAGAAUCUAAUGAGGAAUUGGAAGCCGAAGUAAAAGCAAAUGUAAUUAUAGAGGAUACUAGUGUUGUAAAAAAAGCUUUAAAAAGAAAACCUUCCUCAAAAAUUGUUAAGAAUAAAAAGAAAAAGAAUUGAGUUUCUUUAAAUAAUUUA